UUCCGCGAAGUCAAAUUUUGGUCAGAUGAUCUUGCCUUGACUGCGUUAUAGUUUGAUGCAAGACAGCGAAGGUGAUGAAUCGUAAACUUGGUUAGCUAGGGUUUGAAUUCCAAACCUAAUUAUGCAAUCAUGUCGAAAUCAGACGCUCCAAAACCCAAUUCCGCCAAAGUUCACCCCUCUAAUGAGCCCGAGUUUGAUCCCAAUUCCUACGCCAUGGAGAAGUUCCGGCUCUACGAAACCAGAGCGAGAUUUUAUUUAAUCGGAAGUGACCGUAACAAGAGGUUUUUUCGAGUCUUGAAAAUUGAUCGAUCAGAGCCCUCCGACCUCAGUAUUAGUGAAGACCCUGUGGUAUAUACCCCUCAGGAAAUCAAGAACCUUCUUCAGCGAAUCGCAGAAGGCAAUAGGGCCACCGGCGGCCUGACAUUUGUGACAAAGGUUUAUGGGAUUGCAGGCUGCAUCAAGUUUCUGGAAUCAUAUUAUUUGAUUCUGGUUACCAAGCGCAGACAAAUAGGUUGUAUAUGUGGUCACGAAAUAUAUAGCAUAGAGGAGAGCCAAUUGAUACCAAUACCACAUGCCUCAAUGCAAUCUGAUAUCGCUCACUCUAGAACUGAGCUAAGGUACAAAAAGCUUUUAUCGAGUGUUGACUUGACAAAGGAUUUUUUCUAUAGUUAUACCUAUCCUGUAAUGCAAAGUUUACAGAAGAAUGUAUUGUCCAAUGAAGAUGAAGGGAUGCCCUAUGAUAAUUUAUUUGUUUGGAAUGCUUAUUUAACACAAGCAAUCAGAUCAAGAUGCAAUAACACCAUUUGGACAAUAGCUUUAGUUCAUGGCCAUUUUAAGCAGAUGCGUCUUUCAAUUUUCGGGAGGGACUUCAGUGUUUGCUUGGUUUCUAGACGAUCAAGACAUUUUGCUGGAACACGCGUUCUGCUAAGUUUGUCUCCUCUCACCUUUUCCCCUGCUUGCUGGAGGGAGGGGUUGCUGAUGGAUGAUUAA